UUACAAGAAAAAGAUUUAUGAACUGGCAAAGCAGCACUUGGAUGAUGCUGAUAAAAUUGAGGAGUAUAGGUUACCAGAUGCGUAUGAUCAAGAGGGUGGUAUAAAUCAGGAGAAAAGGUUUGCUGUAGCUAUGCAAAGAUAUAGGGACUCUGGUUCUUCUGAUAAGAUGAACCCAUUUGCAGAGCAGGAGGCAUGGGAGGAGCAUCAAAUUGGUAUCAUUUGUUUGUUAUUUAUUCCAUUCUGUGCCUUCUCUUUAA